UUGGGUUAGUACCACGGCGCGCUUCGUCAUCAUUAGAAGGUAUUUUAUUUCUGUCUCCAGCAGGUUGGUUCCAAUUUUCGGGACGCUCAUCUCGCAAUGAUUCCCUUUACAUACGUCGUCGUAUACUCGUCGAUUGCUUUUAUAGCAUUGUUGUUGAUCAGGUUGUUCAUACAGGGCGGUCGGUUUAACAAGUCAACACGUUGCGAUGGGAAGGUAAUUUUAAUCACCGGUGCUAACACGGGCAUCGGAAAAGAAACCGCACAGGAGCUGCUGAAACGUGGCGGGAAAGUCUACAUUGCGUGUCGGUCUCUUCAGAAGGCCACCCAAGCCAAGAAAGAGUUAAUGGAGGAGACCGGAGAGCUCGACAUUCAUGUCCGAGAGUUGGAUCUUUCUUCAUUGGAAUCCGUGCGGAAUUUCGCCAAGAGAUUUUUAGCCGAAGAACCACGUUUAGAUAUCCUAAUCAACAAUGCAGGAGUGAUGGCUUGCCCAAAAACACUAACCAAAGAUGGCUUCGAGAUGCAAUUCGGCGUUAACCAUUUGGGACAUUUCCUGCUGACAAAUCUUCUGCUCGAUCGCCUGAAAGCUUCCGCACCUAGUCGGAUAGUGAAUUUGUCUAGUUUGGCGCACAAGUUCGGACAAAUCAACAAGGAUGAUUUGAACAGCGAGAAAUCGUACAGCGAAUUGGGCGCCUACAAUCAAAGUAAACUGGCCAAUCUGUUGUUUACGAAAGAGCUGGCCAAACGCUUGGAAGGGAGUGGAGUAACAACCUAUGCGGUCCACCCGGGUGCAGUGUAUACAGAUUUACAGCGGCAUUUUGGAACACUGUUUUUCCUACUAGACAAUUUCGUGGUAAGGAGCCUCAUGCAAUUUACGUUCAAAACACCCAAGGAAGGUGCCCAAACAAGCGUAUACGCGGCUUUGGAUGAAGACUUAUCCAACAAAACCGGCAGAUACUAUGCUGAUUGCCAAGAAGUGAAACCGAGUAAAGCGGCAGAAAAUGAGGAAACCGCUCGUUGGUUGUGGAAAGUGAGUGAAGAAAUGACAGGCCUGUCGAAGAAAACUUCUUAGUCGUCUUCGUGCGAAUGCAAAUGUGACAUACAGCUCUACAGUAUUUCUGCCAGAAUCCAGACCGAAAAAGUCCAGCUCUCGAUACGGAUCAGUCCUUUCCAAGUUAAUUGUAAGAGUGUUAAUAAUAGACAAUGAAAUCGUUCGAUUUUAGAAGCAACUUUAACAUUAGUCGAGUGAUUCAUUAUUAAAUAAAGAAAAAAAAAAUUCGAGCCUCGAUAGAAAUAUAAGAUAUCAAAAAACACGAAAA